AUGGGCAGCGACCGGAGCGCGCCCGGACGGCCGGGCUGGGCGGGCUGUCUCCUUGGCGGCCGGGAGGCGGCUGCGCGGCCGCAACUGCUGCCGCUGCUGCUGGUGCUUUUGAGCUGCCUGGGCCGCGGCGCAGCGGCGGAGGACGCCGAAGUCAAUGCCGAGAACUGGCUGCGGCUCUACGGCUACCUGCCCCAGCCCAGCCGUCACAUGUCCACCAUGCGCUCCGCCCAGAUCCUGGCCUCGGCCCUGGCCGAGAUGCAGCGCUUCUACGGGAUCCCCGUCACGGGUGUGCUGGACGAAGAGACCAAGGCGUGGAUGAAGCGGCCCCGCUGUGGGGUGCCAGACCAGUUCGGGGUACGUGUGAAAGCCAACCUGCGGCGGCGGAGGAAGCGCUACGCCCUCACAGGAAGGAAGUGGAACAACCACCACCUUACUUUCAGCAUCCAGAACUACACAGAGAAGCUAGGCUGGUACCACUCGCUGGAGGCGGUGCGCCGGGCCUUCCGUGUGUGGGAGCAGGCCACGCCCCUGGUCUUCCAGGAGGUGCCUUAUGAGGACAUCCGGCUGCGGCGGCAGAAGGAGGCGGACAUCAUGGUACUCUUUGCCUCUGGUUUCCAUGGCGACAGCUCACCAUUUGAUGGCACAGGUGGCUUUCUGGCCCACGCCUAUUUCCCUGGGCCUGGUUUGGGCGGGGACACCCAUUUUGAUGCAGAUGAGCCCUGGACCUUCUCCAGCACUGACCUGCAUGGAAACAGCCUCUUCCUGGUAGCAGUGCACGAGCUGGGCCACGCACUGGGGCUGGAGCACUCGAGCAACCCCAGCGCCAUCAUGGCACCAUUCUACCAGUGGAUGGACAUCGACAACUUCCAGCUGCCCGAAGACGACCUUCGGGGCAUUCAGCAGCUCUACGGCACCCCGGAUGGCCAGCCACAGCCCACCCAACCUCUUCCCACUGUGACCCCCCGGCGGCCUGGCCGGCCAGACCACCGGCCCCCCAGACCCCCUCAGCCACCUCCCCCGGGUGGGAAGCCGGAGCGGCCUCCAAAGCCAGGCCCCCCACCCCAACCCCGCGCCACGGAGCGGCCCGACCAGUAUGGCCCCAACAUCUGCGACGGGGACUUCGACACGGUGGCCAUGCUGCGGGGGGAGAUGUUCGUGUUCAAGGGCCGCUGGUUCUGGCGGGUGCGGCACAACCGCGUCCUGGACAACUAUCCCAUGCCCAUCGGGCACUUCUGGCGGGGCCUGCCUAGCGACAUCAGUGCCGCCUACGAGCGCCAGGACGGGCGUUUCGUCUUUUUCAAAGGCGACCGCUACUGGCUCUUCCGAGAAGCAAACCUGGAGCCGGGUUACCCACAGCCGCUGACCAGCUAUGGCGUGGGCAUCCCCUACGACCGCAUAGACACGGCCAUCUGGUGGGAGCCCACAGGUCACACCUUCUUCUUCCAAGAGGAUAGGUAUUGGCGCUUCAAUGAGGAAACGCAGCAUGGAGACCCCGGCUACCCCAAGCCCAUCAGCGUGUGGCAGGGGAUCCCUGCCUCCCCUAAAGGGGCCUUCCUGAGCAACGAUGCAGCCUACACCUACUUCUACAAGGGCACCAAAUACUGGAAAUUUGACAACGAGCGCCUGCGAAUGGAGCCCGGCUACCCCAAGUCCAUCCUGCGGGACUUCAUGGGCUGCCAAGAGCACGUGGAGCCGGGGCCCCGCUGGCCCGACGUGGCCCGUCCACCCUUCAACCCCGACGGGGGUGCAGAGCCCGGGGCGGGCGGUGACAGCGAGGAGGGCGAGGAGGGCGGCGAGGUGGGCCCCGGCGGCGGCGGCGGCGGCGAGGCAGGGCCGGACGCCGAUGGGGGCAGCCGCGUGGUGGUGCAGAUGGAGGAAGUCACGCGGACGGUGAACAUGGUCAUGGUGUUGGUGCCCCCUGUGCUGCUGCUGCUCUGCAUCCUGGGCCUCACCUACGCCCUGGUGCAGAUGCAGCGCAAGGGCGCGCCCCGCAUGCUCCUCUACUGCAAGCGCUCUCUGCAGGAGUGGGUCUGACCCUCGGCGCCAGACCCUCCCACUCCCCACGGUGCUAAGGGGCCAGGCUGGCCGCGCCUGUGGUUCUGAGAUGGCUCCUGGGGCCUUUCGUCUGGAGCCUUCGGUGGCUCCUCAGCCCCCCGGUGGGGGUCCCUCCAGGCCCGCUGACAUCCCUGCCAGCCCCGCCCCCUUGUUUAUUUAUGCCCAGGUAUUUUUUUUUUUUUUUUUUUUUUUGCACACUAAUUAAGCAUUUCUUCCUACUUGCCUGACGGGGCGGUCCCUCAGGGCAGGGGCUUAGAGGUUUCUCAAUACUCUUCUUCACCAGACAGGAAGUUAGGCUCCCACCCACCCCUGGCUUAGCCAGAGGAGCAGUGGGUCCGAAGGCCCUGUUGGAAGAGUGGUCCAAGGGCUGCUGGGUUGGUCUCCACCCUGAGCACCCGGGUCAAAGCCGAGGGCUCAUGUUGGUUUUAGAGCUUGGUGGGGCCUGACUGGUCUCCAGCCCCCAGGUCUCAGAAAGAGCUUCCACCUGGUGGCAGCCUCAGGCCAAAGGGGGCGGGGAGGGGAGGGGGCCCGCUGAUCGAGAGUCCUGUUGAGGUUUGGUUGCGUCCCAGCCCACUUCUAACAACCCCAGCAGUCGGGAUUCCUUAGGCCCAAGAACCCUGCUCGCACCUGGCCAGCCCAGGGCCAGCAGCCCCCAGCUCCCCUGUACCUCCUCCCCUCUCGGGAGAAGGGGCCCUGGGCCUGCCUUACCAAGGACCAAAGGGGGUCUGCUAAGGCCCCUCCCCCAAGGGUAGCGCCAACCACGCCCCCUCCCCCGGGGGGCUGGGCUUCCAGUCUCCCGCCCACUCUCUCCGCUCUGAACUGCGACUCAAUUGGGUUCUUUCCAGGAACAUCCUCCCUCCCUCUGUCACCCCCCACCACCACCCUCAGGAGUCUCAGAAGCCCACCAGCCUCAGGCUCAGCUGCCAGUGUCCUAGCUCCCCCGGGGAGAGAGGGGGUAAUGGGUGCUCAGGCCAGGGUUGUAGAUGUCCAGAGACGCAUGCCCACCAGGCUUUAGGGGUUCCUCCCUCCCAGCUCACUGUCCCCCAGGGACACUGGUGGGGUGGCAUGGUGGCCAGCAGCUCAUCCUUUCUCAGACUAUGGGACAGGACUGUGGACCCCCCAGAGGAGCCCACUGUAGCCUGGGGCCGCCCCCAAUCUUGGGUUCAACCCUGUGGAAGGAGGUGAUUCUGCCCUCUUUUCCUCCCUGAAGCAAGCAGGAGGCGAGGUUGCCGUGGGAAAUGGUACUGUAGAGCCGGCCUGCCGCCCGGAAUCCCUGAGGCCCCUGGGGCAAGGGGCCCCUCGUGGACUGGCCCCCAGUGCGGGUCCAGCAGCGUCCUCCCCACCUCCAUCCUCAGAACCACCGGAGAGCGAGCUGAGGGGGGUGGGGAGGGGGUCAGUGUCUGUCUGUAAAUAAUCUGCACUGAUUAAAUCAUAUGGCCGGCGA